AUGGCGACUGCCGAAGGAUGUUAUAAACAAGCUAAUGAUUCUUUCUUUGAAGACGAUUAUGACGAAGCUUUAAAGCUUUAUAAUGAAGCUAUUGAAUUAGACGCGACAAAUGCUGAAUAUUUAUUAAAGAGAUCGGCCACGUAUCAAAAAUUAAAAAAGAAUAAAGAAUCCCUGGAUGAUGCUGAAAAAGCGUUCAGUUUAGUUGAAGGAAAAGAAGAAGAAAAGACGGUUAAAGCAAAAGCUUUGUUGAGAAAAGGUAUUGCAUUGUUUGAACUUGAGAAUUAUCAAAGUGCCAAGGAUUCAUUUGAAUUUUCUAAGGAAUUGAAUCCAAAUGACAAAUUAUUGGUCACUUGGUUAAGAAAAACUGAAACUGAAUUGAAGAAAAUUGCGCCUAAACCAGAGAUCACACCGCAAACCUCAACAUCAGGUAACGAUACGACCGCAACCACACAAGCCGCACCUAGUGGAGCAGCUGGUUUCUUAUCUCAAAGUCGCGUAAGACACGAAUGGUAUCAAAAUGAAAAUUUUAUUAUCAUCAGUAUUUUUAUAAAGAAUGUCAAGAAGGAAACCGUUGAUGUUUAUAUGGCAGAUCGAUCUGUAUCAGUAACUGUGAAACUUCCUACCGGAUCUGAAUAUUCGUUGGAACUUGAUCCACUUGCACAUGAAAUAAAUCCAAAGGAAAGUAAAUAUGAAGUUUUUUCAACAAAAAUAGAAGUUAAAUUGAAGAAAGCUUCUGUAGGUGUUAAAUGGGGAGUCUUGGAAGGAGAAGAUACUUUAGUUGGAUCAAUUGGCGGAGGGGAUGGUAAAUUAUCUUAUCCAUCAUCUGCAAAACAUGCAAAGAAUUGGGAUGCAUUAGAGAAGGAAAUCAGUAAAGAACAGGAUAAACCAGAAGGAGAGGCGGCUUUGAAUGCUUUAUUCCAACAAUUAUAUAAAGAUGCGGAUGAUGAUACAAGAAAAGCCAUGUUGAAGAGUUAUACGGAAAGUAGUGGAACUUGUCUUAGCACAAAUUGGGGCGAAGUUAGUAAAGGUAAAGUGGAAACGAAACCUCCGGAGGGAAUGAUUGCUAAAAAGUAUAAUUCAUGA